CGCAGCUACAGUUACCGCUGAAUAGUUGUUGGACUACAAUCAUGAAGUUGCUUCAAGGUUCAGAGGACGCAAAGGCCCAAAAGAAGAUUCUCAAACCUCAGGUGGAAAAGCGUCGAAGAGAGAGAAUGAACCGCAGCCUGGAGAGCCUAAAGACUCUUCUGCUACAACGACAGGAGCAGAAUCGACGCAGAGUGGAGAAAGCUGAGAUACUCGAACACACAGUCCUCUUCCUCCAGAACACUGCCAAAGGAGACAAGACGAGCGCUGGAGAUGGUGGCGGAGGCGAGAAGCACUCCUUCCAAGACGGCUUCUCCACCUGCCUGCAGAGGGCUACUCAGUUCCUGGGACCCGAGGGGAAAGGCUUGUGGCUCGGAGCAGCACUGGAUGCUCGCUUUGCCCGCCCUGAUUCUGCAGCCGUCCAGAGAAGAACAGAGGCCCCAUCCUCCACCAGCUCUCUGCUUCUCAGGAAGUCGUCCAGAUCCAUUCUCCAGAUGCUGAUAAACAGGUCCGGACACAGACUCUGCACGCCUGCCUUAAAUGUGACAAACUGUGCUCAGACCCGAGGAGAAUCACAUCGUCCUCCCACAACUCCCCAGCAGCCCCACAAAGCGACGAAUAGAGCGAGCAAACAGAGCCCGUCCCAGAGCCACCCGGUCAGCCAGUCUUUGUGGAGGCCCUGGCCCUGAUCACCACGCAUAAGAAACUGAACUUUUAAUGACUCUAACAUGCUGAUUAAUAUUCAGACAACAGCGUGUGUUGUCCAUUGGUCUUUCUACAAGGACAUUUUCAGUGCAAUGUAUGAAACACGGGCUUUCUGUAAAUUCUGAUAAAUGUGUAGAUAUUGUAAAUUUAUGAUGAUCACAUCUAGUGCUGCUGCUGCCUUCACAGGCCAACUCGUGAUCAUUGUGUCAUUUCUUAA